UAACACUUAUCCCUCUCUCUCUCUCUCUCAUCUCUCAUCUCUCAUCGUCUUCCGUCUUUUUCUCUCUCUAAAAGCAGUCAUUUUCUCUCUCCUCUCUUUUGCUUUGUUCAAAGUACAGAGGUAGUAGUGCUGCAGCAGGUUGGCUGCUCAGUAGCAGCAGCUAAGCAGAGCGAAAGAACACACAUAUAUACCUUUAGUCAGUACCAGUUCAAUAACUACCUUUUUUUCCUUUUCCCAUUUUGCCCUUCUUCUUCUUCGUCUUCUUCAUUCGAGAAUAACCAGAGAGAGAGAGAAAUUACAAAAUGAUAAGCUGGCACGAUCUGUACGUUGUGCUAACUGCGGUGGUCCCACUCUACGUGGCGAUGUUUCUGGCGUACGGCUCCGUCCGGUGGUGGAAGAUAUUCACCCCCGAUCAGUGCUCCGGCAUCAAUCGAUUCGUCGCCAUUUUCGCCGUUCCCCUUCUCUCUUUCCACUUCAUCUCCAAAAACGACAUCUACGCUAUGAACUUCCGAUUCAUCGCCGCCGACACCUUGCAGAAGAUCAUCAUGCUCGUGGUGCUUGGAUUCUGGGCCAAUUUCACCAAAAACGGCAGCCUCGAGUGGUCGAUUACCAUUUUCUCCCUCUCGACUCUGCCGAACACGCUCGUGAUGGGGAUUCCGCUGCUCAUCGCCAUGUACGGCGAGUACGCCGGCAGCCUCAUGGUCCAGGUGGUGGUGCUGCAGUGCAUCAUCUGGUACACGCUCCUCCUCUUCCUGUUCGAGUACCGCGGCGCCAAAAUGCUGAUUAUGGAGCAGUUCCCCGAGACGGCCGCCUCGAUUGUCUCCUUCAAGGUCGAAUCCGACGUCGUUUCGCUCGACGGCCAGGAUUUUCUCGAGGCGGACGCCGCCCUCGGCCGCGACGGGAAGCUCCACGUCACCGUGAGGAAAUCCAACGCCUCGAGGCGGUCCUUAGGGCACGGAUCCUUCGCCGGAAUAACUCCCCGGCCGUCGAACUUGACCGGAGCCGAGAUUUACAGCUUGAGCUCUUCCCGAAACCCUACCCCGAGGGCGUCUAAUUUUAACCACUCCGAUUUCUACUCCAUGAUGGGGUUCGGAGGAAGACUGUCGAAUUUCGGGAAUUCCGAUACCGGCAGACUCUCCAAUUUCAACGUGGCUGAUAUGUGUUCGGUGCAGUCGUCGAGAGGGCCAACUCCGCGGCCGUCGAAUUUCGAAGAGAAUUGCGCUCCGGGAGGUCUGAUGAACUCGCCGAGAUUCGGUUACUACCCGCCGCCGCAGCCUGCGCCGCCCACUUCUUACCCCGCUCCAAACCCUGAUAUCGCUUCAGCUAUGCCGAAAACUGCGAAAACCCACCACCACAAUCAUCACCAGCAGCAACAGGGCGGCAAGGCAAAUCACGACUCCAAGGAGCUUCACAUGUUCGUGUGGAGCUCGAGCGCGUCGCCGGUUUCCGAAGUCGGCGGCGGCGGCGGUCUGCACGUGUUCGGUGGCCAGGAUUUCGGCGGUGCUCCCGAAAAUUCCGGGAAGUCUGAUCAGGGAGCGAAGGAAAUCAGGAUGGUUGUUAAUGAUCAUCAUCUUCCUCAAAACGGGGACACCAAAGGUGUUCCGCAAACCGGGAACUUUGCCGGAGAAGACUUCAGCUUCGGGGGUGGAGAUGACGAGAAAGAAAAGGAAGGCCCCGUCGGACUGUUGAGCUCCACCGCCACCGAGGCCGCCGGAGCUAGAAAACACAUGCCGCCAACAAGUGUGAUGACACGCCUAAUCUUGAUCAUGGUUUGGCGAAAACUUAUCCGAAACCCAAACACUUACUCCAGCCUUAUCGGCCUCAUUUGGUCUCUAGUCUCCUUUAGGUGGCAUGUGCAUAUGCCUAGCAUCAUAGAGCAGUCAAUCUCUAUACUUUCUGAUGCUGGUCUUGGAAUGGCCAUGUUCAGCUUAGGUCUGUUUAUGGCACUUCAACCAAAGAUAAUCGCGUGUGGGAACACGGUGGCCUCCUUUUCGAUGGCGGUGAGGUUUCUCACCGGCCCUGCAGUUAUGGCUGCAGCUUCCAUUGCCGUCGGUCUUCGUGGGACCCUCCUCCACGUCGCUAUUGUCCAGGCCGCACUUCCACAAGGGAUUGUCCCAUUUGUGUUUGCUAAAGAGUACAAUGUUCAUCCAGCAAUUCUUAGCACCGGGGUCAUAUUUGGAAUGUUGAUCGCGCUACCGAUAACUCUGGUCUAUUAUAUUCUUCUUGGAUUGUAACGAGAUUCUUCGUCAAAGUUUCGAGAAGACGUCGAUUAAGUUGAAGCUAAGGGUGGAAUUUUAAUUUUGCAUCAAAUUCUUUUGUAGAAAUUUGGUGUUGCCUCUAAAUUGCAGAGCACAAAAAAGAAAUCAACGAAGGAAGAUAAGGUUUGUGGAGAGGGGAAGAAAAUCACAGAGGAAAACAGGGGUAGCUUAAAUUAUUACACAAGUCAAUUUUCUUCACAAUCAUUACGCAUGUAGAAGAACCAAUUAAAUAGGCUUUAAUCUUUUCGUAUUAUUUAUUUUUAUUUUUAAUUCUCUUAAUCUCGAUCGUCUUGAAUUUAAGGGGAAAACGUAAUAGUUUUUUUUUUUUUUUUCCAUUUCCCUUUUUUACUUUCUCCGGUUCUUAGCUCGUCGUGUUGAUCGUUGGUUUUGUUCAAUGUAUUUUUGGUUCGUUUGUUUGUCGUUUAGUUACUCGAUGAUGUAAAUUACCCUAGGAUGUUUAAUGAUAAUGACUUUAAUUUGUUUUCUAGUAAUUGUUAUGUUUGU